CAACACAAGGUUCACAACAACAAGUAUCCCUCAAUGGCAUACUAUGUGAAAGUUCCAAAAGUAUUCAGUACACAAGCUAUAAAAGUUACCUUCCUUACAUCAUUAGUAUUGUUGAAAUAGGGAUUGCUGCAGUUUGUUGGUACUUUUUAUACCAUCAUGAAUUAAUAUUCGAACGAAGAAGAUUACCCGUAACUUUACGUGGUAUUAGUCGUGAAUCAGAUAUAUCAGUUUAUAGUGAGGAUUCUAGAAUACCAGUUUAUAAUGAUCUACCAAAUCUUGCUUGGGUACUGACAUCGUCAUUUCUAAAAAGAAAAAGGAAAUUUGUACCUGAAAAAAUUAAAGAGAAAGGUUUAUAUUUGACGAAGCCUGAAACAGAUAAUGUAAAAGAAACAUGGGAAGAAAAGUUCAAAUUGAGUAAUGGCAUAUUUGUUGAUAAAUAUUCAUUCGAACAAACAAUUGAUUCUGUGAUAGAUCAUCAAUAUUCACUAAAGCCAACAAUCGAAUACAAGAAAUUACAAAAUAUGAGGAUUUCACAUGUGUCAGAAAUAUAUGAUUCUUUAUUGCUUUCUGAGGGAAUAGAAUUUGAUGCAAACUCGUCCGAAGAUAUAAAGAAUUUUUUCAUGUUUUUCAAUAUGAAUCCCAGAAGACAUUCAGAAAAUGCUCUAGAAACGUAUGAUGUCUAUUGUGAGAUUGCAAGUGAGCAAGUUUCGAUUGAAUAUGAUAUUCAAAAUAUUAAAAUCUCUGAGAAAUUUAAAGUUUCUAUUGAAGAAGCUCUGGAAUCAAAUAAGCCAAUUGAAGAUUUAAAACUCGUCUUUAACAAAUUUGGACACUUAUUUGCUACUAAAAUAAUAAUUGGUAAUAAAUUACAAAGAUUGGCGCGUUUAAAUGGAAAAAAGAAUGAAAAUGAAAGCAAACGUCCAAUUGAUGAAACAGCUAAUGAAUUUUUGAGUCUUUGGAAAAAAGAAAUUUAUCCGUACGACUCUUCGUAUUUGCUGACGAUGAAUGGUGAUCCAAUUAAAAUCAACCAAAUUCAGAAAUGGCUUGAGAUUGUUCCAGUAUUCGAAACAGAAUGGGGUAUUAUCAAACGUGUUGUUAUCCCGUUAUAUAAAAUUCUUGAUAUCAAACAGCAGAAAGAAAUUGAAAAGCUUUUCAGUAAAAAAGAUCAUAUUUUGAUGCUCGAAGAAACUACAAUUUUGGAUUUUAACGCAGAAUAUCAACGGAUAGAAUUUAAUAGCAAACUGAAGAGCAAUAAAUAUCAAAUUUUUGGAAAUGUUGUGGAUACCAAUGACAAAACAAUCGCAAGUAUCUAUAUGAAAUUUAGUCUGAAGUCAGAAUAUGGUUUUUCGGUAAAUUGGAUUCAGGUUGACGAUAAGAAUUCACAAACCUCAUAUAAGCUAAAAUGGAUGUUAAUUGGGUGUCCAAGCGAAAUCGGUUAUUUUGACUCGACAACUCGUGACAAAGAAAUUAAAACAGGGUCUACAGAAUUGGAGAUUACAUUCAAGAAAAAAUCAGCUCUGGAAAAUGUCAAUAUCGCAAAACAUUGGACUUGCCAAAUAAAUAUUGAUAAACCUCUCUCUCCAUCAUCCUUUGUCUUGCUGAACAUCGAAUAUCCUAUUGCGCGAAAAACGCCGAUUUUUAAAGCAAGUUGUCAGAGAUCUCAAGAAUCCAAUUCAAUUAUCGAUGUAAAAGUUGAGCCAAUCAAAGAUGUGUAUGUUGAAUUUUUGAACGAGGAUGAAGAAAAUACAGUCACAAUUCGAUGGUGUGCAUUUUAUUAG